UCUCUAUUUGUCCCCCCACAGUGGCUCUGGGUCGGAACCAACCCCUGAAGAAAGAGAAACCCAAAUGGAAGAGCGAUUACCCCAUGACGGACGGGCAGCUGCGCAGUAAGAGGGAUGAAUUUUGGGACACAGCCCCAGCUUUUGAGGGCAGGAAGGAGAUUUGGGAUGCCCUCAAAGCUGCUGCCCACGCCUUUGAGAGCAACGACCACGAACUGGCACAAGCCAUCAUCGACGGCGCAAACAUAACGCUACCCCAUGGUGCUCUUACGGAGUGUUACGAUGAACUGGGCAACCGCUACCAGCUCCCCGUCUACUGCCUUGCCCCACCCAUCAACAUGAUCGAGGAGAAGGGUGACCUGGAGACUCUGGAUAUUCCUGACCCCCCUCCCAACUCCGGGCACGAGUGCCAGCUGCGCCUGCGCCUGUCCACGGGCAAAGACCUGAAGCUGCUGGUGCGCAGCAUGGACACCGUGUACCACAUGAAGCGGCGGCUGCACGCCGUGGAGGGAGUGGAGCCGGGCAGCCAGCGCUGGUUCUUCUCUGGGAGGCCCCUGGCAGAUAAAAUGAAACUGGAGGAGCUGAAAAUCCCAAAGGACUACGUGGUGCAAGUCAUCGUGAGCCAGCCCUUAGCAAAUCCCACCCCGGUGGAAAACUGAUUUCUGCUCGUUCUGGUGGUUCUUCUCUCCUGCGUCUCUGUUGUGGGGUUUGUUUUCAGUGCCCUCUCUUCUCUUUGGGGUUGUCCUGCUCGUGGAUGGGUUGCAAGGAAUGACCAGCAAAAAAUUCCAUCUGUGAUGGAGAUCUGCAAAAACGUAAAAAUGUAACCUGGCCUCUGGGGUUUGCCUGAUCUCGUAUUGAACACGACAGCAAGAGCAGCAGGGCAAGGGCAAAGGGAAGGGAAAAGAGGGAGGGAAGAGAUUGUUCACUUAAUACAGACAUCUAAUGAUCCUGAAACCGUCAGUGGUGUCCUGAUCCCUGAGGCCAGAGCAACAGAGAGCACUUUUAUCUAAAAAAACCAACUUUGAACCGAAUCAAAUCUCCAGUUGUGUAUCAGCAGCACACACAGUUCCUGCAGGAAGGAGCCGGUCACGGGGAUCCCUCCGGCUCUGACGAGGCACAGCCAGCCCUGGGCAGUGGAGCUGGGCUGGGCUUUGCUCUCUGGCAGCUCCUGGUGAUGCUCAGAGCGAGCAAUUGUACAUUCCAAGGUGGCAGUGCAGCCCUGUGCCACCGCUGGCUCAGGCAAUAACUCAGCCCUGUCUGCUCUGUACUGUAAUUUCCUGCUCCAGCCCUGACUCAGCCUCAGUUCCUGCCCCGUGGGGCUGCUGAGCUCCUGUCCCUCGGAUCACGGAGAGGCUGAGCCCAGGUGAGCCAUGAGGAGCAGCCCCCCUGUCCCACAGCAUCCCAAAGGGACUGAAUUCCUGCCAGGAGCCGUGGGCUGCAGCUCCCUGUGCUCCCCUGCAGGGCUCAGAGCAUUGCAGCUCCCCUGCAGGGCUCAGAGCAUUGCAGCUCCCCUGCAGGUGCAUUGCAGCUCCCCUGCAGGGCUCAGAGCAUUGCAGCUCCCCUGCAGGUGCAUUGCAGCUCCCCUGCAGGGCUCAGAGCCUGCAGCAGGUGAGGAUGCUGGCAGCCUUUGGGGUGUCACUGGGAGCUGUGGUGACUCCCCAGGACAGCUGGAGCUGUCCUCACCUGCACAGAGCCUGGCCCUGGGCUCCCCCAGCCACUGCUUUCCCUUCAGAAUGUAACAGGGGCCCUUUCAGCACAUGACAAAUCCUUUUGUAGUCUCACUGACCUUUUUUGGGGCUGGGGGAUGCAGUUUGUUCCCCCAGCUGGAGCUGCUCUGUGUCACUGUGGCUGCUCUGCUCCCCUGCCUUUGGUGGAGGUCGAGGCCCUGCUCUUUUAAUCAUCAUUUCUGUUUGUUUGGGGUUUCAGCCAUCAUUGAAAUCACUUCUUCCAAAGUUAAAUGUGCUCUUAAUAUGGGGAAUAGCAGAUUUUUUAUAUUUUUUUCCCCCCUGGUUUCUGUCCUCCCUCUGUGAACUAAGUGAAACCUGGGGAUUCCUGUGACAAUUUUAAACUUCUGCUCCUUCAAGUCAUUCCACAGAAACCAAAUUUGGCACUCAGAAACCCUGAGUUUGCACCAGAGUCAGGAUGGUCAGGGACAUCCAGCAGGUGGAAGCAGAAUUUCAUUGAUGGUUGGGAAACAGAGCCACGUUCUGUUUGCAUUCCCCACCCCACCCCACCCAACUACAGCUUUUUUUUGGUCCUCAUUUUGUACCAAACCUGGGAGUUUGACAGCUCCACUGGCCCCUCUUGGUACAGGAUGCCUGAAAUGCAGUGGCACAGCUGUAGAAAGGAAAAUCCCUGUUCUCAUAAUCACCAAAGUGACUUGCUUUGCUUUCCUUUUUUCUCCUUUUUUCCUUUAUUUUUAAAAGGUGAAAGUGAGCUGAUCAAUACUAACCUAGAACAAGUUUUCUAUUGUGGAGGGUUUUUUUUUUUAAAUGCAAAUUUGAUUUACUGUACUUGAGGUUUUUUGCAGCCAAAUCUUUUUGCAUUCCAGGGGAGGGGGAAAUAUUUGCUACAUAAACAAGUCAAAAAUCUCUCUUGGGUUUUCUCUGGGCAAAGGAUGGGUUCAUGCCAGGAGGACACUACUUGUCUUAUAAAGCAUAAUUGAUAUGUCUGGAUAAAUCCUCUUUAUGGUGUCCUUUCCCUGCAGCCCCUCCUGGAAAGGGGGAAAAUUCUGAUGGAUUAAGGAGGAGCAAACCUGGAGCUGUGAACACUAAAACACUUUUUUUAUUAUUAUUAUUAUUAUUU